CCCCCUAACCCCCAUUAUUAUUUUCCCUACUUUCUCUCUGCCACCACCAUGACUGACGACGAUAACUGGGUGAAAUCCGCCAUGGAUGACGACCACUUGGUUGUUCAAAUCCUGCUCACGCUCCGUCAACAAUCUCUGCCGUCGCAGUCGAACAUCAAGUCGCCUCCGCUAGGUUGGAGCAUCCGUCAGCGGCGUUCGAGACCGCAGGUGGUGUUACUUCCAUCCGUCGCUAAGAAAUCGCCGCCGGCCGCUAGGGCUAGUCCUACAACUCCGUUGUCCUGGAGCGGUGCUACUUCCGUCAGCGGCGGUGGAAAUGGAAACGGAAACGGAAACGGCGAUGGAAUCGAGGAGUCUAGCCGAUUAAUUCCGAAUCGCUCCGAUGUAUCGAGAUCUAAGGUUAUACGGCCGAAUGAAACAACCCCCACGAAGAGACCAAGAAAGAAGAAGACGUUGGCUGAACUUAAAGAGGAUGAGACGACGUUAUUAAAGGAACGAAAGCAAUUGAAACGGCAACUAGCAAGCUUACAAGCCACAUGCCAGCAACAGAGAAUGGAGAAUGAGAGCCUGAAGAAGAUGAAGAUGGAUUUGCAAUGCGACGUAGAAGGGUUGAAGGCGGAGGCGAUUGGUUCGUUUGCGGUGCCGGAUCUGAAUAUUCCGGUGGCCGGUGACGAGGAGUAAAGUAGGCAUAGGAUAUAUAAAACAGUCAACAAAAGAAAAUAAGUUCUAACGUUGAUGGAUAGAGUAAGUGUAAGUAGAGAGAAGACUUUCUUUGAUGAAAAGAUAACGAUAGUGUAGAAAUCUUUUUAACCAUUUUAGAUGCAGUCUUAUAUUCUUUCUGGAUCUUAUAUUUGUUCCUUUUUGAUAAGUAUUACAGAUAAAAGUAUCUGAAGGUUUGUUUGGUUGUUAA